AGCACCCUAUAAGCAACUUUGGGCAGCUUAAAGAAAAGCCACUUGCAGCUUUGAAAAUUGGCAGACAGAAAAAAACAAGCAAGGAAAGACACUCGAGGAAGAAAAGUCAACCUGACAAACUGCUGAUGGAGAGAUUUUGAUGGAAGACAGUUUAGAAAGGUAGAAGUUAGUGACAGGUGUUGAUAUUUACAGUUGUAACUGCAAAGAGGAACAUUUUUCUGAGACAUUUUCUUUACCCAUUUUUGGUGAAAGAGAAACAAAAUGUCUCUGGAGGUGAAGGAGAAGACCCAGGUGCGUCUAGUGUUUCUGGGGGCAGCAGGUGUAGGCAAGACAGCCCUGAUCAGACGCUUCCUCCAGGACACCUUUGAGCCCAAACACCGGCGCACUGUGGAGGAGCUCCACAGUAAGGAGUAUGACAUUGGCGGGGUCAAGGUGACUGUGGAGAUCCUGGACACCAGCGGCAGCUACUCCUUCCCUGCCAUGCGCAAGCUCUCCAUCCAAAACAGUGACGCCUUCGCACUGGUGUAUGCUGUCGAUGACCCCGAGUCACUGGAGGCUGUCAAGAGCCUCCGAGACGAGAUUCUGGAGAUCAAGGAGGACAAGUACACGCCGAUCGUGGUGGUGGGGAACAAGGUGGACAGAGGGGAGGAGCGUCAGGUGUCCAGCGAGGACGUGCUGUCAACGGUAGAGAUGGAUUGGAACAACAGCUACCUGGAAGCUUCAGCAAAGGAAAAUGCCAACGUGGUGGAGGUGUUCAAGGAGCUCCUGCAGCAGGCGAACCUUCCCAGCCGCCUCAGUCCGGCACUACGCAGACGCAGGGAGACCUUUCCCAAAGAUACCAACUUCCGACCGCCCAUGAACAAGACAAACAGCUGUAUUUUGUCAUAAUGGAGGGGCCAGAGGAAAGGAAGUGGGGAUUUGUUUCACAAAAGGACAAGGUGGAUGGGAAGUUGGAGGGUAUGACAUGCAGUUCAAUGCUGCAGGACAGAGAGAGAACAGAGAGAGAAGCCUGGACUCCAGCUAUUCCUGUUGUAUAGUGAACACCUGAAUGAUAUAGUGACACUGGACCAGCAAAGACACUUCACCGUUUACAACUAACAGGAAAAGAAACUGAAUAACAGAAUGAAGUACAGACUGAACUUGGACAGACUGCCAGAAUUAAAUGAAGAGAAAGAAGUUAAUUACUCAGUCAUUUACUCGAUGUAAUGUUGUUGCUGCUUAUCUGGUGACACGCUGCUGGUGUUUAGAUCAAUGUAUAACUUUUGAACUUAAAGGUAAAAUGUUCUCUCACAUCAAGGUACUCAGACAGUUGCAAAAGGAUUCAGAUCUUCACUGAGGGGAAGUGCAUGUACAUAUUGUUUGCGUCAUCUGUGCAAAAGUUGUAUUUCUCAUGUGACUUUUAAAUUCACUAAUUCACCUGUAGCACAUCAUAAUGUUUACAGUUUUUUUUUUAAAUUUAAUUGCAAUUUGCUACUGAGCAUGACAUUAUGUUUUUAAAAAGUGGUAAAAUGCAAAUAUUGACUGUAAAUGCACUUUUCAUUUUAAGAUGACUAUUCUGUUUUUUUAUGUUGGUUUUAAUUAAUUAGAUUUUUUAUCAUUACAUACUCUUACAAAUAUUUCUUUGUUGUUUAUUCAAGAAAUGUAAGUGGAAUGUGGAUCUAAAUGUCUAAUAAAAGGUAUAAGCACAAAAAAAUCUAAA